AUGGAGCCGAAGAUCAUCACUCAUGCUCGUCCGAUCAAAGAUUUCCUGCCCCGUAUCGGGAAGCAGUACAUUGAGUCUAAGCUCGUCGAUCUCGCCGUCAACCUCAUCCCUCCCACCGGCAUAGAUAUGAACCAGUGGCUAACAUACCAGCCUCCAAAAUAUCGAACAGUCAACCAGUCCCUCUCGGCCUCGCUUACGCAUAAUCCUACGGUUAUUACAAUCGAGGUCAUGACCUCGCAGGGAACUGAGGUAGCCGCAAUGGUACAGGUUGGUAUCUGGGUCAGCGCUUGGCACGAGCGUGUUCAACGUCUCCGCGACAGCCGCCUAUCUACUGUUACGUUACCUGUUAUUAUUACAUCUGUACACGAGUGGAAACUUUACUUCGCUGUUGAUCGUGGGGAGAGCAUUGAAAUGCUUCGCUUCCCUGGGGAGAUCGGUGGUACGCUGUCACUGCAGAAGAUAUAUAGGCUUCUAGCUGUACUGCGACGGCUUGGGAAAUAUGGGAUGGAUGUGUAUGAGCCUUGGUUUCUAGAUACUUUCUUCGAUCGGAGCGGUCUCCCGGAAUGCUUGCGUGGCUUCUAA